AGCGAGGAGCCCCCCAGUCGAGAGGCCUCGGUACCGACCUGCAGCCGCUAUUUACAAAGAAAUGGCGCCCGACGACGACCCCAACCGCAACUCCACCUGCACUUCGGAACCUCGCAGCCCAUCGUUUGACCAUCACCAACCUCAUCGUGCCACCUGCCACACCCAGCGGCGCUGCCUUUUCGCGUCUGGAGCAUGAACUGAGCCAACCUAAUUGGACCUUCUCCAAUACGUGGCGGAGCGGGCGCAUGUGCAACCGUCGGCCUCCAGUUGUUGUACCUCGAAAGCACCAUCACUCGUGACGAACGCCUGCCUCGUUUGGGCUUUUAACAUUCGCCCACGCCGCUCUAGCUCCCACCACCAUCACUUUUUCUGCGCGGCUUCUGCGUUAAACACCGACUGGAGAACCCCCAUUCGCCGUCUGUGCGACCGGUUCCAGACUAAAAAGGGUCACUCCCGCCUUGCAGAUCGCCCGACCAAACCUUGGCCGAGCCAGCAGGGCGGAGGUUGCCGCCGACAAGCUCCUUUUUUUUUAUCGCUCGGGUCGUCCCAACAAUUGCGUCAACCAUAUCAGCCAUGGCCAGCGCUACUCUGCCGACUCCGUCACCGCACAAUGCCUCCCUGAGCCGCGGAGGCGGAGGAGCUGCAAUAUCGCCUCACCCCUACGGCCAGAACCCCGGCCCUCACCAGGAUCCCCUCUCCAGGACCGCGGGCACCACCAGCAACGAGCCCGCCGCCGCCACGACCAACGGCUACUUCUCACACUACGACCCCCACCAGCCCGCGAAUCCGCUGCAGGACGCCGCCGCCACCGCCGAUGACGAGCUGACGUCACUCAACACCCGCUCAAACGCCCUCUCGCCGUAUCACCAACCCGAAACUGACCUUGCCCACGCCCCGUCCACGUCGACGCACCGCCCGGCCAAAUUCACCGAGGAGUGGGACGCCUCGAGGCGAGGCAGCUCUAUUGUUGACGGGCCUGGGCCCAGCAGCUCUGCUAUGCAGCGCGCAAACUCGUACGCCGGCUCGACUGCCGCUAGCCGCGCCGAAGCCGACCAUGCCGCCACCACCCUUUCCAGGGGCAACACCCUCAAGAAGAAGGCCUCGCUUAGGCGUAGCGGGAGCCUGAAGCGCAGCGGCAGCCGCCGCAGCAUGAAGGCCGGCAGCGUCCGGAGCCUGGCCUUGCAGUCCAGCCUGGACGAGGACGAGAUGCUGAGCCCCUUUUACUGCCCCGUGUCCACCACGGGCAACCCCACCGAGGUCCUUGCGAACCGUUUCCAGGCCUGGCGCAAGAUCCUGAAGGACCUGAUUGCCUACUUCCGGGAGAUCCAGACGCACUACGAGCACCGCUCCAAGUCGCUGCUGAAGCUUGCCAACGUUCUCAACAACACCUCCAUGCCCCCUGGCUUCCUCACCACCGGCGGCCUCGACGAGGCGCUCAACAUACUGAGGAAUUACAACAAGCAGGCCGUCGCCGAGGCGAACAAGGCUCGCGACAUCGAGGAGGACGUGAUCCUGGCCCUCACCGGCCUGCGGAGUGACCUGCACCAGAAGAUCAAGGAGAUCAAGAACCUGUCCGGCGACUUCAAGAACACGGUCGACAAGGAGACCGAGGCCACGCGCAAGGCCGUGAAGCAGCUGAACGAGAUUCUGGGCCAGGCCGACGCCGACCCGGCAUCCACAACCGGCAAGCAGGACCCGUAUCUGUUGCGCCUGGCCGUUGACCGUCAGGUUGAGAGACAGAUCGAAGAGGAGAAUUACCUACAUAGGGCGUAUCAAAACAUCGAGAGGUCUGGGCGCGAUCUCGAGUCGAUCGUUGUCGGGGAGGUGCAAAAGGCAUACAACGCCUACGCUGGAAUUUUGAAGCGGGAGGCCGAUGCCGCUUAUGGCACGGUCGACGAGCUUCGGACUGGGCCUAUCGCAAUGCCCAAAGAGGAAGAGUGGCGUGCCUUUGUGAAGAAGGACGACAAGUUUGUGGACCCGGAUCUUCCGCUGCGGUCGGCACAGUUCAUCCACUACAAGGGGCGGGAUGAUCUGGCCUGCCAGGAGAUCAGGGCUGGUCUGCUGGAGCGCAAGAGCAAAUACCUGAAGAGCUAUACGGCCGGAUGGUACGUGCUGUCGCCGACACACCUCCACGAGUUCAAGUCGGCAGACAAGACGCAGGCGCCCGUCAUGUCGCUCUACCUCCCGGAGCAGAAGCUGGGGUCCCACUCGACCGAAGGCGGAUCGUCCAACAAGUUCAUCAUCAAGGGCCGGCAGACAGGGACAAUGCACCGGGGCCACACGUGGGUGUUCCGGGCCGAGAGCCACGAGACGAUGAUGGCAUGGUAUGAGGACAUCAAGGCCUUGACGGAAAAGACUCCGGAGGAGAGAAGUAACUUUGUGCGAGGGCACUCGCGCAGCUUCAGCCGGACGUCCCAGCGAUCCAUCAGCAGCGACGGCGUGGUCGACGAGGACGACGACGAGCCCUUCGCACCCGAUUCGGCGGCCAUAAGGCAGACCCCGACGCAGGACGUGCUGCCGAGGCGUCCUUCUCCAGGUGGGCGAUUCCCAUCAGACAUCAUGGUCAACGCACAACGGGGCUUACAGGCGCCUCUCUCGCCCGCAAGUGUGAACUCGGGUUUUCUCCCAGCAGGAAACGCCAGCUACGGCGCCCCCGGGCCGGCAGGCCAGCAGUACAAAGGCGACAACAGCAGCAGCCGCGACGCCAUAGCCGCCGCCGCAGGGCUCCCUGGAAGCGACAUGGCCCAGUACCAACAACAGAACGAUAUCCCCCCCUUGGGUUACGGCAGCACUGUGCGGACCCCCAUCAUCCAAGCCUCGUCACACGCGGCCCAAGUCAGCCAGGAAGCGCGCGAGGAUGGAGUGAAUCCCUACACGAGCGAGCCUAUCGCAGAAGGGGACUCAUGGGCUGGCGGCGCGACCGGAGCUGACGUGGGGGUGUCGCGAGGGCUGAGCCAGCGGAUUCUGAAAAGCCCGGCUCCUGCGGCUGCGACUAUUACGUCUCCUACUAUACGCGACGAUGCUAUGGCUGCGAGGCAUCAGCCUGAUAUCUUUCUCAUGAGCGGGAACUUGCCAGACGCUGAGGGUAGUCGACGUGAGGUCCCACGCAGUGUGGAGAGACAGCCGGAGGGUACUGUGAUGGACGACGCUGUCUCGUUUCCCCCACAGACAAUGUCGUCUGGUGGAUUGAGCAGCGAUGCGGAUAGCGACUACUUUGUCGGCCACUCCAACGGAUCUGCAAACGGGCGUGGCAACGUUGGCGGCAGCAAUGGUGUCGCCCGUCCCACGACUAGCACGGCCCGCACCGACAGCGCUCCCACAAUCUCACACCUCCACAUUCCCGGGGAGUACCCGAAGUCUACUCCCGCGUUGCGCUGAGACCAGGGGCUAUGUUUCUCUCCCCUCGGUUUCUUGGAACGAAUCGGGUUUCGGCAACGGGCGAGCCUCGGGAACUGUUUUGCUUACCUUCUCUCCUUUUGCUUCACUCUCGGACUCCUCUCUCCCUCUUUAUCAAAGAACCCACCCCCUUUUCUACUGCCUCAUUCCUCUUGUUUUUCGUCUCUCACUUUCACAGUCAAACCCUACCGAAUCUUUGGACAGAAACAGUCGCAUUGUUAUGUUUUCAUAGUAUUUCUUUCCGACACGUCAGGCGGGUGCAACUGGGGACCUGCCCUGAAACCUACAUCACACGAAGUAAGCCCGCUCGUUUGGGAAGGGGAACACGCGGAUAAGGGAGAAACUUGUUUGUGAACCAUUUCCCA